AAAAAAAAAAAAAAAACAAUUAUUUUCCGAUGGCCGAACUUGGAGGGUGAAUAUCACUUUGUGGGUCCUACCUUUCUCAAAUCCCCCCAAUCAUAAGCCAAAACACAACAAGACGUUAAUAAACACAAACUCUGUUUCUUUCUCUUCUUGAAUCGGCAAGGGAAGAAGCUAUGAUCAUGUACGGAGGAGGAGGAGCAGGGAAGGACGGUGGAUCCACCAAUCACUUAUCAGACGGAGGAGUGAUAUUGAAGAAAGGUCCAUGGACGGCGGCGGAAGAUGAGAUACUUGCUGCGUACGUUAGAGAGAACGGUGAAGGGAAUUGGAACGCCGUUCAGAAAAACACAGGUUUGGCUCGUUGCGGCAAAAGCUGCCGUCUUCGAUGGGCCAAUCACCUCCGACCAAAUCUGAAAAAAGGCUCUUUCACCGGUGACGAAGAACGUCUCAUCAUUCAGCUUCAUGCUCAGCUUGGUAACAAAUGGGCUCGCAUGGCUGCUCAGUUACCGGGAAGAACAGACAACGAGAUUAAGAACUAUUGGAACACGAGAUUGAAACGACUUCUUCGCCAAGGACUUCCUCUUUAUCCUCCAGAUAUUAUCCCUAACCAUCAACUCCAUCCACAUCCACAUCAUCAACAACAACAGCAACAUAACCAUCAUCAUCAUCAUCAUCAACAACAACAACAACAUCAACAAAUGUAUUUUCAACCACAAUCUUCACAACGAAACACACCAUCAUCUUCCCCUCUUCCAUCUCCAACACCAGCAAACGCAAAGUCCUCAUCAUCCUUCACUUUUCAUACCACGACUGCUAACCUCCUCCAUCCACUUAGCCCUCACACUCCAAACACACCAUCUCAACUCUCUUCCACACCGCCUCCACCACCACUUUCCUCUCCUUUAUGUUCCCCUCGCAACAACCAAUACCCGACCCUUCCCCUCUUUGCCCUCCCGCGUUCCCAAAUCAACAACAACAACAACGGAAAUUUCACUUUCCCUAGACCUCCACCUCUCCUUCAACCGCCUUCAUCACUCUUCGCAAAACGUUACAACAAUGCUAACACUCCUCUUAAUUGCAUCAACCGCGUCUCAACCGCACCAUUUUCCCCUGUUUCAAGAGACUCCUACACUUCCUUUCUUACAUUGCCUUACCCUUCCCCAACCGCUCAAACCGCUACUUACCACAAUACUAAUAACCCUUACUCUUCCUCUCCUUCCUUCUCUUUAAACCCUUCUUCUUCUUCUUACCCUACAUCAACUUCUUCCCCAAGCUUUCUUCACUCCCAUUACACUCCUUCUUCCACCUCAUUUCAUACCAACCCAGUUUACUCCAUGAAACAAGAGCAGCUCCCUUCAAACCAAAUUCCCCAAAUAGAUGGCUUCAAUAACGUCAACAACUUCACAGACAACGAGAGACAGAAUCAUAACCUUAACAGUUCCGGUGCUCAUAGAAGAAGUAGUAGCUGCAGCCUCUUAGAGGAUGUCUUCGAAGAGGCCGAAGCUUUAGCCUCUGGAGGCAGAGGCCGACCUCCAAAACGAAGACAACUCACAGCUUCUCUUCCGAACCACAACAACAACACCAACAACAACGACAACUUCUUCUCGGUUAGUUUCGGACAUUAUGAUUCUUCUGACAACUUAUGUUCCUUGCAAGGUAAAACUAAAACCACUUACAACACUUCAAAUCUAAACUACUCUUCUCUCCAAGUAAAAUGUAAAAUGUUUAUGAUCAAAACGCAGAUUUGA